ACUUCAAACUAAAAAAAAAAAAAAAACAUAAGUAUCCAUUUUCGUCUUCUUUUAGUAUUCACCACCGAACAACAAUGUCUUCCUAUGGCAACCGACCAUCGUAUUCUCCUUCUGCGCCGCCACUUUCCGACCCAAAUGAGCCACCAAUAGCCCACCCAUAUCAUCCUCCUCCUUCUUCCUCCUCUGCAAAUUACUCAAAUUACCCUCAUCAGUCUCAGCCGCAAACAGCUGGUUAUGGACCUGGUUCUUCUUAUGGGUAUUACCAGAAUCCACCAAAUUAUGGUUCUGGUUUUCCUCCGGGGACUGACCCACAAGUUAUUCAGAGUUUUCAGAUGGUAGAUAGGGAUUGUAGUGGGUUUGUUGAGGAGAAAGAGCUACAACAAGCUCUUUCUUCUGGUUACCAAAGGUUUAGUCUUAGGACUAUUCGUUUGUUAAUCUUUCUUUUCAAGAAUCCAUCUGAGUAUUUUCCAAGAAUUGGACCAAAGGAAUUUGCUGCACUAUGGAGCUGUCUUGGUCAAUGGAGGGCCAUUUUUGAGAGAUUUGACAGAGAUCGAAGUGGGAAGAUUGAUGCAACAGAACUAAGGGAUGCUCUCUACAGUCUUGGAUACAUGGUGCCACCUUCUGUUCUUGAAGUUUUGAUUUCCAGAUAUACUGAUGGAAGUGGUAGGAGACCCGAGCUGUGUUUUGAUAGUUUUGUCGAAUGUGGGAUGGUUGUGAAGGUAAAAGAACUGAUCUCUUUCUAUAAGCAUUUCCUUACUCAAUAUCUUGAUUUAUGCAUCUGCGCGGCUUCAAUGUAUUUCCCCUCAUCUCUCCCCCACAUAAAAGUGUGCCUGCUCUUGGGCUUGGAGAGGAGACUAACAAUUAUAAGUGUUAAACCUAGUUUGUCAUUGCAAUCUUAUCCUUCUUAUAAUACUGAGUUUAGACGGAAGUGUGACAACUCAAAUUAGAGGUCAUGACUAGCACCUGAUGGGCUACUCCAACUGUUAUUAGAACUCCGAUUUUAAUAAGUUAUGAUAUCUAAGAAAGUCUAACUGCAAACUGAAAUUAUUGAUCUGAAAAAGCUAAUACAAUGAGCUGAAGCUGAAAAUCUAUAUCGUGUACACGUCACUCAGCUCAUAAGUACUUCUCUUUCUUAUGCUCUCUGAAUACUGAGAGCUGAUGCAUGUAGUUUGUUUUGGGAGUGCACUUCUAGAGUAGACCAAACUAGCAUCGUCUGUAAGGAUUAGCUAAAUAUCUCGGUGCAUCAUGCAUACAUAUGUGGUGGUUCCUUCCCAACAUAUUCACCUAGGUU